AAAAAAUUAGAAACAAAGAAAACCCUAUUCAGUCUUCAUUCCCAUCUCAUAUCUCAGAAGUGUCUCUUCGGUUACUUCGAUCAUUUCCCAUAUUUGAUAUUUCCUUCUUUCCCACGAGCGAAUCAUGUCAGUCAUCGGAGAGGUUGCUUUAUCCGCUUUGUUUGAGGCGCUGUUUGACAGGCUAGCCUCCUCUGAUUUGCUGAAGAUCUUUCAGCAAGAGCAAGUUCAUGCUGACCUCAACAACUGGAAGAAAUUGCUAAUGAAAAUCCGUGCAGUUUUGGAGGACGCAGAAGAGAAGCGGGAGACAAACAGUUUGGUGAAGAUCUGGCUGGAGGAGCUGGAAGACUUGGCUUAUGAUGCGGAUGAUAUCUUGGAUGAGUUUGCUACUGAAGUUUUGCGACGUGAGUUGAACCCAGAACCCCACAAAAGUAAGGUACGGAAGAUCUUCGAUGACUGGGUUGGUUCGAAUCAAAGUUUUGCUAGGUUGAUGCAGUCCAAGAUUGCAGAGAUUGACUCAAGACUACAAAGAAUUGUGACAGAAGAGAAUGAUUUGAAUUUGAGAGGAAGCACUGGGGAAAGGAUUGGAACAGAAAGAUCAAGGGUGCCCACUACUUCUCUGGUGAACGAAGACCAUACUUAUGGCAGGGAUGAGGACAAAAAGACUAUCAUCAAGUUAUUGAUGAGUAGUGAAUUUAGUGAUGCUAAACUCUCUGUGAUUCCCCUAGUUGGUAUGGGAGGUCUGGGUAAGACAACUCUUGCCCAACUAGUGUACAACGAUGAUGAUGUCAACGGUUAUUUUGAUUGGAAAUCAUGGGUUUGUGUUUCUGAAGAUUUUGACAUUGUAAGGGUGACAAAAGCAAUUCUAGAAUCUAUCACUGAUGAGAAUUGUAAUAUUAAUGAUUUAGACAAAAUACAAGUGAAAUUGAAGGAGAAAUUAUAUGGCAAGAAGUUUCUGGUCAUUCUAGAUGAUGUUUGGAACAAAGACUAUGAUGAUUGGACUAAACUACGUUGUCCAUUUGAAUUCGGGGCUCCAGGAAGCACAAUUAUUGUCACCACUCGAGAUCAUGCUGUGUCAACAAUAAUGGGAACUACUCCACCUCACCAGUUGAAAGAGCUAUCAAAUGAUGCUUGUUGGAGUCUAUUUAUCCAACAUGCACGAGGGUCAACAGAUUCUAUUGCAUAUCCAGAAUUUGAAGAAAUUGGUAGUGAAAUUUUAGACAAGUGCAAGGGCUCACCUUUGGCAGCAAAAGUACUUGGAGGCGCUUUACGCACUAAACGAAAUCCUAAUGAGUUGAAAAACGUGUUAAAUAGUAAGAUUUGGGAAAAAAAUGGUAUUAUUCCAGUUCUUGAAUUGAGCUACCAAUACCUCCCUUCUCAUUUGAAGAGGUGUUUUGCGUACUGUUCACUAUUCCCAAAAGAUUAUGAAUUUGAGGAGAAUGAGCUUGUCUUGUUAUGGAUGGCAGAAGGUUUGGUUCAAGAAACAGAAAGCAACAAGUCGAUGGAAGAUCUUGGUGUUGAGUGUUUUCAUGAUCUACUCAUGAGAUCAUUCUUUCAACAAUCAAGCAAUAAUGGAUCACUCUUUGUCAUGCAUGAUCUUAUCAAUGAUCUAGCUCGAUGGGCAGCAAGUGGCUUAUUCUAUAGAAUGGAAGAUGCAUUGGGAAGUAAUAAGCAAUCCGAGAUUUCUACAAAGGUACGACAUUUCUCUUACAUUCGACAUUAUCUUGAUGGCAUCAAAAAGUUUGAAAACUUCCCCAAAAAUAUGCAUUUUCGAACAUUCUUACCCGUAACAAUCAAGCCGUCAGGCUACUUAGGAAACUACUUAGGAAACUACUUAACAAACUAUGUUCCUAAUUGUUUGUUGCCACGACUAAGAUGCUUAAGGGUAUUAUCUUUAUGUGAAUAUGAUAUCUUUGAGCUACCAAGUUCAAUCGGUGGCCUGAAACAUCUAAGAUACCUCAACCUUUCUAAUACUUCAAUUAGAAGUUUACCAGAAUCAACAAGUUCUCUAUACAAUUUGCAAACAUUGAUGUUGAAAGGCUGUCACAAACUUACAAAGUUACCGGAGAAAAUUAGGGAUCUAGUUAAUCUUCGGUAUCUCGACAUUAGAAAUGCCAAUUUAAUUAGAGAAAUGCCGGUGGGAAUAGAAAAAUUAAAGAACAUACAUACGCUAUCCAAUUUUGUUGUGGGGAAAGAUAAUGGAUCCAAGAUAGGAGACUUGAUGAACUUGGAGUUUCUUCGGGGAAGACUUUGCAUUUCAAGUUUGGAGAAUGUGCUUGAUGUUGAGGAUGUAAGAAGGGCCAAUUUAAAUGGUAAGAAGAAUUUAGAUGCACUAGAGAUCAAAUGGGGGACACCUAGUGAUUUACAAGAUGCAAGCAUUGCGAAAGAUGUUCUUGACAUGCUACGACCUUGGACAACGGUGAAAGAACUUUCAAUUGAUGGCUAUAUUGGUGUGCAAUUCCCAACAUGGUUGGGAGACCAUUCAUUUUCUCAAAUUGAGGACCUAAAGAUUGUCGGAUGUAAACAAUGCAUAUCCUUACCUGCUAUUGGACAUCUAUCCUCCCUCAAAUUCCUUGUCAUUGAGAGUAUGCCUAUGGUGCAGACCAUUGGUCCUGAGUUUUAUGGGGAAGGUUGGUUGAAACCUUUUCAAUUAUUAGAAAAACUUCACUUUGAGGAUAUGCAAGAAUGGCAAGAUUGGAUUCCUUGUGGAGUUGAGUACGGAGAAUUCCCUUGCUUGCGUGAGCUUUUUAUCUCUCAAUGCCCCAAAUUGCAAGGGGAAUUGCCACGCCAUCUCCCAUCAUUGGAAAAAUUUUCUAUUAGUAAUUGUGAGCAAUUGGUUGUUUCAAUUCCAAGCCUUCCAAUGCUCUGUGAAUUACAAAUUGUGGGGUGCAAGGAGGUGGUGAGCAAAAAUAUAGAAGAGUUAUGCUUGCUGGAGUCGAUUACUUUUUCUAUUCCAGGUCUUAAAAGCUUAUCAAAGGAGUUCAUGGAAGGGUUAGCAAAGGUAAAAGAUCUAAAGAUAUAUAAUUGUAAUGAGCUAACAUCUAUGUGGCAAGAUAGUCUCAUUUCCCUUGUUAGGCUGGGAAUUAGGUCGUGCCCAAGUCUCAUCAACAUCAGCUUGACGUCAACAUUAAAGACAUUGAAUAUUUAUGGUUGUGGUGCUUUAAAAUCCCUACCAAUGUCCAAUUGUACAUGCCUAGAAUAUGCAACUAUUGAGGAAUGUAGUUCUUUGAUGUUCAUUUCAAAACGCCAGCUACCUCUAACUUUGAAAAGUCUAGAGAUAAAUGAUUGCGAGAAUUUGCAAUUUUUGAUAGACGAGGGAGAGGCUUCUUCUUUAUUAUUGAAAGAGGAGAGUAUUAACAGUAAUGCAUCUCUUCUUGAGCACUUGGUUAUUAGAGAUUGUCCAUCUCUAAAAUGUGUACUAUUAAGAGGUGACCUAUUUGUGAAGCUUAAAGUCCUUAAGAUUUGGAAAUGCUCAGAGCUGACAUCAUUAUCAUCAAGUAACCAGUUACCUAUUGCCCUUAAAAAACUUGAAGUAGAGGAUUGCCCAAAGUUAGAGUCACUGGCGGACAACUUACACAAUGACGCGUCUCUUGAAAGUCUUGGAAUCAGUGGUUGUGAAGAGAUUAAAUUCUUACCGGAGGGCCUACACAAACUCUGCCACUUGAAUGACAUAAGGAUAGAAGACUGUUGUAGUCUUGUUUCAUUUCCGGAUGGAGGGUUUCUCCCCACUCACCUUACAAAUCUUUCGAUCUGUGGCUGUGAGAAACUAGAGGCCUUGCCCCGCAUGCAUAUGGUCACUACUCUUUAUAUAUAUAAAUGUCCAAGCAUAGUAUCCUUACCAGAAGAGGGCUUGCCGACAAACCUAAAGGAACUUUGGUUGGGAGGGAUGACUAACUGUAAGCAAGUAUUUGAAUGGGGAUUACACAGACUCUCGUCUCUUACACGUCUCACCAUUUGUGGUGAUGAAUUUGAGGAUUGGCAGUCGUUUCCUGAGGAGGAAGAUGGGAAGAUGAUGCUGCUGCUACCUACCUCUCUAACCUACCUGUCGAUUCACGAAUUUCCAGAUAUAGUGUCUCUAUCUUCCAAGGUAUUUCAAAACCUCUCUUCACUUGAAGUUCUGUGGAUCUGGGGUUGCCCUAAACUCGCAUCCCUCCCAGAGAACGGCCUGCCUCCCUCUCUUCUGGAACUACAAAUUCGUUUUUGUCCAGUGCUGAAACAACACUGCAAGAAAGGAAAAGGGCAAGAGUGGUUGAAGAAUAUCAUCAACGUCCCUUGCGUUCAGAUUGAUUUGAUGUCCAUCUACAAGCUGCAGGAGGAGGAGCAGCAAUAAUUGUUUAAAACAGAAAUAUACAUAUUUACUCCCUCAAGCAGAGGCUAUCUUCUCAACUCCAAAAAAUUCUUCUCAAAUUCCAAAAAUUUGGAGGUUAUAUAUCGUGUUGUGGAACAUGUUUAUCUGUGGGCAUGUACGGAAUGGAGGGAUGGCUUUUUAAUACUAUGCCUGAGUGGCUGAGUCAAAUGUUAUUUUAACUAGAGAUCAUGCCUUGGCCUUGAAUAGAUGAUAGAAGCAUUGUCACCUAUGUUCUACAGAUGGGCAGCCACUCAGGUUUUUUCUUUUUGGUUAAUAACUCUUUGGGCAAUUUGGAAAUGCAAGAGUGAGGGCAUGCUUGAAGGGAAGGCUGUCAAUGCUUUUCAAGCUUUUAACUACUGCAAGCACAUGGUCAUGAUCUGUCAAGAAGAAGCAGUGCCUGUGAAUCAUUUUUUAAGAAGUUUUAUACCUCCUGUUUGCAGUUGGACACAAUUUGUUGAUUGUUGAGAACGGCAAGGGCUGAUUUCAGUGGAAGUUUUCUGGUGAGGUGCAAGCUUUCUAUGCAAAGAUUGAAUGGGGAACCAAAUAGCAGGAGGCUGUUUUCGUUGGAUGACUUAGGAGUAAUCCAUAGUCCUUAGACAGUUUUUGAAGCCUUAUCCUUUGUACUUAUGAAAGGCGUGGUUGCUGCGCUUUUACCUACUAGAAGGUCUGAGGUUUGUAGCCUUUGUUGUGGAAAGCAAACGCCAAGCUGGGAGAUACAAGCUGUUAAGAAAGACAUUGCUUCGCGAUUUUGCAAGCUCCCAGCUUGCGGCAUUAUUAUUGAUGGUUGGAUGCAAACUGGACCAGUCAUCCAGCAGUAGAUUGUCUUAUUGGAUUCUUGCAAAGAUGGUCAUAUUAGCUAAAUUCUGGCAUCAGGCUCAUAUCCACUUUCAAGGAUUUCACAAUGGACCAAUAAAAGAAGGGUCAAUACUUCUAUGCUUGAUGAGUAUUUGGGUGCAGAUUACACCUCUCAGUAUACGACCUGACCUGAACUGUCAAUUUUAACUUAUCUAAUAGUUCCAUUCAGCAAACGUAUAAUAAAUGGAGGAACAUUGAUGCAGCUAUUGAAUGAAAUGAAGCAGCCUAUAUGUAAGGAUACAUCCCCCAACACAAGGAGUGAGAGCAUGCUUGAAGGGAAGGCUGUUAAUGCUUCUCAAGCUUUUAACCACUACAAGCACAUGGUCAGGAUCUGUAAAGAAGCAAUGGCUAGGAAUCAUUCUUUAGGAAGUUGUAAACCUCCUGUUUGCAAUUGGAAACAAUCUGUUAUUCUCAAGAAUGACAAGUGCUGAUUUCAGUGGAUGUAAAUACCAAAAGAGAAUGUUGCUAUUAUGGUUCAAGCUUUCUAUUCAAUGAUUGAAUGGGGAACCAAAUUGCAAUUGGCUGUUAUGGUUGGAUGGCUUAGUUGAAAUACAUAAUCCUUUAUCUGACAAUUUGUGAAGCCUUGUCCUUUGUAUUUUGAAAGGCAAGGUGACUGCAUAUGUACUUAAACGGUAGCUCUUUGGUUUGCAGCCCUUGUUAUGUAAAGCAAAUAACAAGCUGGGAGGUACAAGCUGUUAAGAAAGACAUUGCUUAAUGUACUGUGUUCGCGAUUUUCUAA